UCCCCAGCCCGGCAGUCGCUGCCGUCUGCCGGCUCCCUGCCUACUGCUGACCUGAGAGAAGAGCUCCUGAGGGUCAAGGCAAUGGCUCAAGUGCCUGCUGCCCUGGCCCCGUGCCCAAACUCCUGGGAGCCUUUAGAUCCAGCUCAGAUUCAGAAGCUCAUUUGCAGGAGCCAAGAAGCCAAGAAGUUUGCCUACUGCCCCUACAGUAACUUCCCAGUGGGGGCAGCUCUCCUGACCCUGGAUGGCAAGAUUUUUUCAGGAUGCAACAUAGAAAAUGCUGCCUACCCAUUAGGCAUCUGUGCAGAACGCACUGCCAUUCAGAAGGCCAUCUCAGAAGGGUACAAAGAGUUCCGGGCCAUUGCUAUUACCAGUAACUUGAAGAAUGACUUUAUCACACCAUGUGGAGCCUGUAGACAAGUAAUGAGAGAGUUUGGAAAACAUUGGUAUGUCUACAUGACAAAAGCAGAUGGUACGUAUGAUGUCAGGACAGUCCAUGAACUACUGCCUGCAUCGUUCGGACCCGAGGACCUGCAGAAGUCCAAGUGAACCCUGACAAUGGAAUUGUCCGAUUGAAAGCCUUUUCAACCACCUAGAAGAUUCACUCUCAGUAUUGUCCAGUAGCAUCAUCCCCAGAGCAAUAUUGAUAUGAAUCAACCCCAGUGCUGACUAGGUCCAAAGCCCUGGCUUAGGUUGCUGCUUCUUCAUCUCCUAUUUAGUCUGUGGAUGUCUUUGCCAUUUAUAUUUGAAGUGCCUUCAACAUAUUACAUGAUGAUAGUGAAAAGGACACUAG